AUGCAAGCGAACAAGAGCUCUAGCGCAACCCGCAUUGACGUUGGUGACGCCUCUCUCAACUAUAAACUCAUUGGGACUGGACCCCUGCUCAUUCCAAUGCCCGGAGCAAAUGGCACCGCAAUGCUGUUUGAGCCGUUAGCCACGGCGCUCUCCUCCCACUUUACAGUCGCUCUAUAUGACCGCCGAGGAUUCGGAAACAGCCUCUUGGUCACUCCUGGUGAACCGGACACGACGACCCAUCUGAGAGCGCAAGCCGACGAUGUGGCCAAGCUAAUCCAAUAUUUAUCCCCAGGGAAGCCUGCGACAGUCUUCGCGGCGUCCGGCAGUGGGGCGAUGGCCAUUGAGCUCCUUCAGUCUCGCCCCGACCUUGUGCAGCAUCUCAUACUACACGAGCCACUUCUUCUCGACCAUCUUCCUACUCCAUUCAAAUCCUAUAUCAAAAAUGGAUUGUUUACUAGUAUUCUAGAGUUCGGGGGCCGCGGACCAGCGACUAUUCGCCGCGUGUUGCUGGCUUAUGUACAAGGCAAGCGUGACCAACGGAGAUUGGGCCAGGAUCCACAUUAUGCACGACUUAUGUGUCAACGCGACGACGAUACUGCGUUUUUCUUCGGGUUUGAGUUACAACUAGUACUCGACUAUCACUUCGACCUCGAGAAUAUUCGGCCGCAUCGGGACAAAUUAGUUUGUAUGAAAGGGUCCGAUAUAUCACCGGAGCUCGCAAGUUGCCCGGUGAUUGCUCUAUCUGACGCCCUUGGGACUUCUCUGGAGCUUACCCCUGGGGGGCACAACGGGUUCAUUACUGAUGCGGAGGAGUUUGCGAAGAAAUUGAUCUCCACCCUCGACAAGGAAAAGGCGAAGCUAUGA